GCAGAUUUUUCUGGUCUGAAUUCAUCAGUACCGACUGUCUUAAAGUUCACGAUGAAUUUCAAGUUUUUGUUCGUUUUCGCUCUUUUUCUUGGGCUUUUCGCUCUGAGUUCCGCUUAUCCAAAUCCUGAGCCAGCUCCAGGACCAGAACCAGGACCAGAACCAGCGCCAGAACCUCGUCGUCGAGUGAAAUGGAAACAUAAAACAGGUUCAAGACCAAAACCAAAGCUAAAAUGGAAACAUGUUAAAGAUGCUUUUGAUGUUGCUGACACAGUUGCCAACAUCGCAGCUGUAGUGAAUGAAUGGAAUGCAGCAAAUAAUAAUGAGUAAUAAUAGUCGUGAAUAACAGAAUACAAGUUUCCAAUCGUAGUUGAUUUAGUUUUGUAGGUAUAAACAAGAAUGUUAUUACCAGCAAAAAUAAAAAAUUAAAAAUGCAAAAGACAUUUUUUUAUUCAGUACGCUGAUUCAUGGAUCGAGUUAUUGAGGCUCCUACCUCAAAAAGGUGCACAUUUAGAAAUUACGAAUUUUGUGAGUGUUAAAUAUCUUGGACGAUUUUAAAUAAUCAUUAUUGGAACUAAUGAACCAGAAUCAAUCAUUUUGACGAUUAUGUUAAACAUUUCUUAAAAUUCUUUACCUUUGAAUAAGUUUGUAAAAAACAGUAUAAUUGAAUUGGUUUUCAACACCCAGAGAAAUUUACAAAUGAGUUUUUGAAGCGUGAUAAACUGUCAUUAUAUUGAUUGCUUGUUUUUUAACGCUUCACUUGCUUCUUUCGAAUUCACACGUAGGUAACGAAAAUAGUUCAAUAACGCGGCAAGCAUCAAGCAUGAACAAGAAGUUCUUAUCAUAUUUCUUUCUCCUUGGAACCAUUUUGGGUAUAUGCCCAAGAAAUGAGCAACAUAUAUGUCGAAAACGUGGGAAGAAAACCCAUCACUUCAAAAUUUAUACGUCUUUUAUUAUCCUCCUUAUGCUAUGGCAAUUCGCUUAUUUUGUGUGGUUGGUUCUUGGUGAUUAUUAUGUGGAGGGUUUAUUCAUAAAAUUCCUCAUAGAAUUACUGGAUGUAGCUGUACUUACAAUGGAUAUAACUCUAACAAUUUUCUUCAUCAACUUCACUCAGCAUAAGAAAUGGAAAUCGAUGAACAAAUACUUGAAUGUUGUUGAAAAUCAAUUGAUCUCGUAUUGUGCUUCUAUAGACUCAGGAAUAUUAGGUCAUGUGUACAUCGAUAUUUGUUUUAUAACUGUUAUUAUAACCAUUACCAAUGCGUCUAUGUUAUGGAUAUUUUGCUCCCAUUCUAGAUGCUUUUUUUUCUUACACAUACAAAAAGUCUAUGGUUGUUAUAUGAUUGUUCUUGUUUACUUGAUAGUGACAAGGAUAAGGAAUGGUCUGACGAAGUUGCAUGCUUUUCUGGAAGGAUUGACACCCUCAAAAAUUGGAGAAGAGGACUCUAAUGUCAAGUUCAUACAACCUUACAAUUCUUAUAGUGAAUUUAUGAAGUGCUAUAGAAUCAUUUACGACGUAGUUCAGUUCUUUAAUGACAUAUUUGGAUAUCACAUGGUUUUUCUGAAUCUCUUUUGUAUUCUCGAAUGGUUGUCCGUUUUGAAUUUGAUCAUAUCAAGUAUCAAAUACAACUCUAUGGAAAUUGAUGUAAUCACUGUAAUGUUUAUAAAUAUAAUAAUAAUUCUGAUUGGAAUCAUUUUUAUUAUUCUGCUUUGCGCUUCGGUGACUAGUAAGGCUGAACAUUUUCUGUACGUUCUUCAUCAAAUAGAAGAUGAUAACCAUAAUUUGAAAGCUAAAAGUAUUGUCAUCCAACUCGUCGAAGAUAUGCCCCUCCACUUCUCAGCUGCGAGGUUUUUCAAUAUCAGCAAAUAUACAAUUCUUGGUCUUAUAGGAAAUUGUACAACCUAUUUUAUUGUUUUAAUACAAUUUUACCAGUAG